GUAUCUUCUUGUUUUAAUUAAUUUCAAUUGUUUUCCUUAAUUGGAUUGGAAGAAUAAUUAUACUGAAGCUGCGUAAUGUAACGUACCAUGACACCAUAGGCCAAGAGUUGAAUGCCACUGUUGCCGAGGGAGACGGCGGCGAGCUGGAGAUUACCCAAAUGCCCACAGAAUAUCUGCGUCGACAUCGACGUCACAUUGUUCAGCAAGUACACCACGAUCGCCGGAGCCGCCAGCCGGAACAGGUUCCCCAACUCCACCCCGGCGGCCCUCCGCAGCCGCCCGAGUUUCGACAAACUCCGAUCCGACAGCGCCUCUUCCAGCUCCGAGCUUAUUGUUUCUCCGCCCCCCGACGCCGCCGCCGCCGCCGCCGCGGUGGCCUGGACAUUAUUUGAGAUGAUUCUUGGCGGCGGGUGGAGCGAUGAACGGCGGAUGGCAACUGUGUACGGCUGGCGGUGGUGGUCAACAUUCAGCUGAUGGGCGAAAUCAAUCCAUUCAAAGGAACAUUAAAAGAAAAGGAUAACUCAGAUUCCAAACAAAGCUUCUAUUUUUAUUGUUCAAUAUCAUCAAAUCAAACCUUAAUACAAAUACAACAACAAGAAGAACCAGAGAAACCAUACCGGGGAAAAGAAUCAAGAACGGGUUUGUGAGAAAACGGGGGAGACAGCAAAGAGCUUCUUGCUGAGGAGGCACCGGGGACGGGGAUUCUUGAUUCUCAGAUCGAAGCAGGGAAGGUCUUCCAUGGUUGGAUUCUCCGGCGGAGGGGACGAGCUUUGGCGAUUCUCCUGCAACAGGGAAAUUAGGGUUCCGG